GACCGUGUGUAUAAAACUCGGCGUCCUGACCAUCCAUCGUGCACACGACCCUCAGCGCACCUCAGCUGAAAGCCGAGCCUGCACAAGCAAGAGGAACAUCACAGACAUGAAGUCCUGCUCUUUCCUGCUCUCAUCGCUCCUGCUGUCGGUCCUGCUCACUCCGCCCCCUGUCUCCUCCGCCGGGCGCCCGCGGACCCCUCAGCCGGGCCAGACACUCCUCAGGGCGGCCACCGGCGCCGACAUCACCACCGGCCGUCUGCUGGGCUUCGGCGUCCCGCGGCUCUUCCUCGGGGGGAUGCCGAGGGAGGAGGAAGAGAGGACUGAUGAUGAUGAUGAUGACGAGGAGGUAGAAGAGAUUGGAAAUGAUGAAGAGCCGGUCAAGUUCAAGACGCGCAGGGAGUAUGCGCCGCUGUCCAUCGACCUGACCUUUCACCUCCUCAGAAACAUGAUCCACAAUGCGCGCACGGAGGAGCAGAGGCUGCGCGCGCAAGUCAACCAGAAAUUGCUCGACGAGGUCGGGAAGUAAAAAGGGCGGUGAGGUUUUCUGACGCCACUUGCGCUUUCACGCAACCACUGUAGUAAAACUAGCGAAAUAUUGUAAAUAAUAGAAGCAUUUUAGUGAUCUUGUAGAAUGGAGUGGCGGCACCUUGAAACCAGCGAGUGACCUUGACGAUGUGUCUCACAUGGCGUAUGACGUCAUCAUGAUUUUUGUUCCACCGACAAUGUUUGGUCCUUGAUUGUUUGUACUCACAUUAGAAAAUGGAAAAAAAAACUGGUUGAAUCUUAUCACAUUGUCAUUUAUAUUUUGUAAUAAAACGUUCGAAAUUCUUGGCUCACUCAAACGUU